AUGCCGAUCUUCAACGAACGUGAAUUUCCUUUACUCCCCUCUGAGGAGCAAAGGCAGAGGCUCCUCCUUAUGCGUGAAGCUGCAGCGGUAUCACCCUCGAGAAAACAAAACUUGCAUGCGACAAUCAACGACUUACCUGACGAGCUUGUUGUCGAGAUACUGGGGUACUUGUCAGAUGCGGAAACCUCCAAGAAAAAGAUCUUAAAUGCUCUAAGUUUGGCAUGCACGAGCCGUCGUUUUUACCGAAUUGCAAUUGCAGAGGCUUAUGCGUUGUUCGACCCACGCGACUGCAAUGCCUACCUGUUCCUCCGCACCAUGAUAUCAAACCCGCAACUGGCGGCGCUCGUACAGCACGUGAAGAGAGUCACCCGAAGUGACUAUUCUAAUCCACGAUAUAAACCAACAGCGCAGGAUAAGAGAGUGAUCAAAAAGGCUGUGCAGGCUCUCGGAAUCCGCUAUUGGAAAAGAUGGGUAGACAGAUGCAAUAACGACGUUUUAAGUUACGAAGUGCUGACGGGCAUAAUCUUACUAUAUUUACCGAAUCUUCAAACUAUCAGUUAUAUCGGUUGUGAUCGGUCCAAGUGGGUCGCGAACGCUCCCGACUGGUCGUUCAUGAUGAACGAAGCACUUCGCUGCGAGAACGGGAAGAUCCAUGGCUUUGAAAAUCUACACACAAUCACGGUCCAUGCACUUGACUUGCAAUUAUUUGAUCUUGCGCCUUUGUUCAGGUUCCAAUCAUUGCGCGUCCUACGAUUGAUAGAAAUCUCGGAGUUCCACAGUUUCAGUCAAGGAAUGGACAAUGCUAAGCGGCUUCGAGGAAUGAUAGACAGAAGGGAAAACAAUAUCGAAACACUUUCUCUAAACAGAUGUUUUUACACUCAAGACUGUUUGGGAUUACUAGUCUCCAGUUCACGGCGUUUGAAGGCUUUUGAAUACGCCAUAUCUGUGGCUAUGUUACCGUGGUUCAAUGGAUCGCGUGUAGCUAUUCUUCGCAAGCUAGUCAAGAUUCUGCGGCCUCAUCAGACAUCACUAGAAACCCUUACAAUUUACUGCGAGACGGAGAUAGAAAGGAAAAGGCUUGAUCCACUCUACAACCACAGCGGCCUGACAGAGUUUACGUCGUUGAAAGCACUCAGUUGCCCUUUGGGUACACUGGUAGCGGAAUACGGUAAAGAGUUUGCAAGCGUACUACCGUCUUCACUGGAGACGUUUCAAACGCGUAUCCGACAUGACAGAGACGACCGCAAACACCUUCAUUCAUUAAAACACCUGUUGGCUGGCCGUGCGACUCAUAUAUCUAAACUGCGCGAGGUUCGGGUGUUUUUAAUAUCCGCUGAUGAUAAACUUCGAAAAACACGCCUUUGGAAGCACCUCACUGAACUUGCUCGUGAAGCUGGGAUUAGGUUCGAUUAUGAAAUACUAGAGGAUUACUCCUGGUAUGGAGAUUCAGACGAUGAGGACAUGUGGAGUUCCUCCGACGAGUUGGACAUAGACAGCGAAGAGUCCAACGAUGAGUCGGACGAUGAUAGUGAAGAGGAUGAUUACGGCAGUGACGAGUUUAAAGACUAUGAAAAUUUUGGUGGAAUUGACGGGUAUGGUCAGGCUGAGUAUGGUCAGGAUGAUGGAUAG